AUGAGUGUGAAAGGAUUUUUUAAAAGUGUAUUAAAUCCUGAUGCGAAAGUUGGAGAACAAGAAGAAGAAACUGGGACCACUGGGGCCACAUCAACAACAACUUCAUUGUCUAGUUCAGCUACAGCUGGAGUAAAUAAUUUUCUAUCUGGUACAUCCAAAUUUCUUGAUUCUGUUCAAACAAAAAAGAAUGGUUUAAUUAAUGAUUUAUCGAAUAAACUAACGUCAUUGAAAAUGCCCGGCGAACAGUCGACCAAUGAGAGUGCGAAGAAAAAGAAAUCUAGGAGUAAUGAUGAUGAUGAUGACAGUUCAGCCAGUGAAUAUGGAGAUGAUGGUGAUUGUCCAAUGUAUGCAGAAGUAGCUCCAGUAGAACGUCAAGUAUCAGUUGAAAGUAUAGACAGUUUGCCAGAUGAAGAUGCUGAACGACGUAAAUCGGAAAUUCGUGCCUUAGUUUCGGAUUUACUUCAACAAAGCUUGAUCAAUGAAAAAAUGGUGAAGAAUUUCAGAGAUUUCAUUGUGAGGCAUAGUGGUCGUUCAAGAUUUGCCAAAGAACUAAAAUCUCAAACAAAGGGUAUGAAAUGUAUACCUAAUCAACUUCUGGAACAAUUGGCUUUAUUCAUUGGUCCAUUAUUAAAUCAAUGUAGUGAAAAUGAAGAUUAUACUCCAGCUUAUAUCAUUAUGCAUUUAAGUUUCUCAUUAUACCAUGAAACUGUCUCUUCAAAUGGUACCGCUGAGCAAAAAUAUCUUUAUGUAUUAUUGAAAGAUCAAGUGAUUUGGCAGUCAAUGAGGUUCUGGAAUGCUGCCUUUUUCAUCGCUUUGCAACGUGAACGGGCUGAACGUCAAAGAUAUCCAGUCAUUGAAGGUGAUGAUCCAAUCCAAGCGGAAACUGACUUUCAAAACGACAUUGCAUAUUCACAGUUAAGCAAAUUUCUAUGGCGUAUGUAUACUUUAGGAAUGGGACAAGAAUUAUGUAUGGACUUUUUACGUAAACAAGCCAGUGCAACCAAUUUACCGAAUGAUCUAGUCAAAAUAAUUCAGAAAAAUUCUCAACACUUCUUUGAAACCACUAGUCCCAAUGAAGUAACACAAUGAAUAAUAAUAAUGUCAGUUAAAUAAUAUAAGAUUUGAUCAUUGUUACAUAGAUAUUGAUUAAUAAUAUUUCUUUCAUUAUUUCAUUUAUCUGAAACAGGCAACACUUUAUAAAUUGCUUAUUAUUACGUAAUCACAUUAAU